UUGUGAGAAAGAGGGUCAAGGUUCUGUACGCCGCAUGUUAGAGAACUUUCGGAAAGCUGGCACUAAUAAUUCGGAAGCGCAUAUGGAGACUAGAUUAGAAUCUCUGGCCAAUAUCCGCAUGGAGUUCCGAGAGAACCAUCGAAAAUUGGUGCGUUCGGAUGACGAAUUGGUUCGGAACGAUUAUAUGGAGGCAGAUCUUGAAGGAAAGUUCCAAGAAGCGUAUAUUGAUAGUGUGGCGCAGAUUAGAACUGACCUAAAUGAGACUAAGGAUCGACUUUUGGCAUCAACAGAAAUUAACAAUCUUGAUUUUCAGGAUGGGAAUCGCAACGCGCCACCGUCACGGUUUAUAGCACCACACCAAACCACGAUCGAUGAGGUUAAACUUCCCACGGUUAAAUUGCCUAUAUUUAGCGGUGAAUUUGUAGAUUGGCCGGCAUUUAAGGAAAUAUUUGAAGCGCGAGUUCAUAAUAGCCCUAGACUCACUGAUCUGCAUCGAUUCCAUUACCUCAAAGAUUCUUUGUCAGGGGAAGCAAUCAAAGAUAUCCAACAUCUAACACUGAUCGAAACAAAUUAUCAUGUAGCUUGGCAAAUGUUAUUAAACUUAUAUGAUAAUAAGCGUGUUCUGUUUCAACAUUAUAUGCAGGUACUAGAACAACAGCCCAUGGUGCAGAGCGAUGACCCUGUUUCGCUUAAGGGGUUUUUACAAACUUGUCGUUCUUGUAUUAAAUCAUUGGGAAAGGUUGGCGUUAACCUUUUCGAUCAAAGUCAUGUCAUAGUUUACAUGGUGACAAAGAAACUACCUGCGGAGCUGCGGUUGGACUGGGAAAAAUCCCUGGCUACUUCGCAGGAGUUACCAACAUUCGAAGAAUUAUCCGCGCAUUUCGAUGGACAAUGCAGGACUAUGCUUACGUCCGCCAGUGGCGAGAGGACAAUAUUGUCUAACAAGGAUCGAAAGGGAGCAUCGGGAUCAUCUGAGAAGCGCCGAGAUGUGAAAUCUUCCUUUGUCGCCCGAUCGGAGCAGAAAUGUGCCAUAUGUUGCAAGAACGGUCAUUCCGUCCAAGAUUGCAAGGUUUUCGAAAGCAUGCAUCUAACAGCACGGAGGGAAGCUGUUAUGAAGCAAAGUUUGUGCUUCAACUGUUUGGGGAAUAACCAUAACUCACGAAGGUGCAAACUUAAAAACAAUUGUUCGAUAUGCGCAGAUCGGCAUCACACGCUCAUACAUUUGGAUCGGGUUCGGCUAACUAAAGAGCCAAAUGAGCAGGUGCAACAAGUUACUUCCAACGCAAUUAGCGGGACUUCGAGUACAACUGGGACUAGUUAUGAAGUGCAGUCAGCAGAAGGGUUUACACUACAGUCCCGAGCAUUUCUUGACCAAGGAUCGUAAGCUUCGUUUGUAUCGGAAAACGUAGUUCAGAAGUUGGGACUAACUCGUCAAAAGGCAUACAUUAAGGUUAAUGGACUGGCCAACGCCCAAGUUACCGAAGCGUCUUCUUCCGUUCUUUUAUGUUUUGGAUCAAGGUUUGAGACACAGGCAAGGUAUAGUGUGACUGCGUAUGUGUUACCAAAGGUAAUCUUAUCUGUGGAAAAAUGGUCUCAAUUUGAACAGUUUUGCCUGGCUGAUCCUAAUUAUUUUGUUCCACAAGGUGUGGACAUAUUGUUGGGGAGUGAUAUCUAUGAUGAAUUGAUGCUAAGUGAAAUACAUCGUGGACCGGAUGGCUGGCCUAUUGCUCAAAGCACACGACUUGGAUUUAUUAUAUCAGGAAAAGUUAAGGAACCCAUCACAAAGGUCUCGGUGCAUACGGUGACCGUAAUCAAGGACGAAUCAUCUGCGGAAUUAGAAGGAGGCAGCAGAAGUUUUGUCGAAGGAAGAUUUGUGGUGUGAGGAACAUUUUGUUAAUACACAUGUGCGGUUACCUUCAGGGAAAUAUCAAGUGCGGUUGCCAUUUCUAUCCACUUUGGAUCCCCAGUUAGUCAUUGGGUCGUCGCGUCAAGAUGCUUUGAAACGGUUGUGCCAUUUGGACAAGCGUUUACGCAACGAUGCCAACCUGAAGGAGGUGUAUUCCAAAACCAUAAAGGAAUACUUGGAGUUGGGACAAAUGGAAAAGGUUGUUACACAAGUUGGGCAAACGGAAGAAACAGGCUACCCGGGGGGAGCCACACAUUGUUAUUUACCUCACCACCCAGUAAUCAAGGAAUCGUCAACGACUACCAAGGUGCGCGUCGUCUUUGACGGAUCGAUGAAGACGAGCAAUGGGAAAUCGUUGAAUGAAAUCUUAGCAAUAGGGCCCAAAUUGCACAUGGAGCUUCCAGCAAUACUGAUCAACUGGAGAGUAAUAAGAUUUGCAUUCCUUGCGGACGUGGAAAAAAUGUAUAGAUGUAUUAAUAUACAUAAGAAGAAUUUUUCAAAGAAUUUUGUGGAAAACGGACAACACUGUCCAGGUAGAGGAAUAUGCCUGCUGCACGGUCAUGUUUGGCACGAGCUGUGCUCCGUAUCUGGCCAUUAGACUUAUGGAGCAGUUAGCCGAAGAUGAAGAGCAUAACUACCCGCUGGCAGCCAAUGUACUUAAACGUCAGAUGUAUGUGGACAACGUUUUAUCUGGAGCAAAUAGUAUUUCCGAUGCAAAGGAACUGCAAGCUCAAGUUAGAGGAAUGAUGAGAAGGGGAUCUUUUGAGUUGCGAAAAUGGGCCAGCAACUGUCCUCAACUGUUGGAAGGAAUACCUCUAGAACAUCGGGAAACCAAAGAGCCUCUAAACUUUCAAGGUACACCAACGAAGAGAAAGAUGCUUUCGACGAUUGCGAGGUUAUUCGACCCAAUGGGAUGGUUGAGCCCAAUCACCGUUGUUGGAAAGAGAAUGGUGCAAGCUCUGUGGAAGACAAAACUUAGUUGGGACGACCACGUACCAUUGGAACUUCAAAAAGAAUGGCAGAAAUUCAUUCAAGAGCUACCAAACUUGUCUAAGAUUCAUAUACCGCGCUACAUUGCUUGGGGAAUGUCAAAGGGAACUCCACAGUUACACAUGUUCUGCGACGCGUCAGGAUACGCGUACGGUGCGGCGGCUUUCUUACGAAUUCCGAUAGGAGAGAACGCCUAUCAAGCCGCAGCUUACAAUUCCAAGAGCGGAAUUGUGUGCAGCAGUCAUUGCUGCGAAAAUAUUUAAGUAUUUAAAGGAUCACUUAACUAUUCAUAUUGAUUUUGCAGAGACUGUUUUUUGGUCAGAUUCGAUGAUCGUUUUGAGCUGGAUCCAAGGAGAUGCUGCGAGGUGGAAGGUUUUCCUUGCCAACCGCAUAAGCAAAAUUUUGGAGCUAUGCGAUAGGAAACAAUGACGACAUAUAGCAUCUGAGGAUAAUCCUGCCGAUCUUCUAAGUCGGGGUAUCAGUGUUACUAAAUUAGCAUCGUGCCAAUUAUGGUGGAAUGGACCGCCGUGGCUGAGAUUUAAAGAUUGUGAGUGGCCAUCGACAAAACUAGAUUCUGGAACCGAUAUGCGAGUCACCAGCGAACAGAAGCAGAUGCACUGCAACGCUAUUUCUGUGGAGAAAGAGAACGGAUCCGAUAUACUAGGAAGGUUUUCAUAGUACACAUUUCUCAUUCGCAUGCUGGCCUAUAUUCAUAGAUUUAUAAGGAAUUGCAGGAUAUCGAAAUCUGCUCGAAUAGUAGAUUCUCUCACGAUAAGAGAACUUUCUGAAGGGUUUUUGUGUGCAGUUCGUAUGUGCCAAAUGGAAGGCUUUGCAGGCGAUUGGAAACUAUUAUCGGAAGGGAAAAUGUUACAUAAGCAAAGUCCGCUAUUACCACUCAAUCCAUAUUUUGAUGAAUCGGAAAAAAUCAUUCGACUUGGAGGACGCUUGAGAGACGCACUGCCUCCGAUGGCGGAAAAACACCCAUACAUUCUACCUUAUCAGCAUUCAUUUACAAGCUUGGUCAUUCGUUAUAGCCAUGUCAGUACCUUACAUGGAGGUGCGGCCCUUACACUCAAUCAUAUCAGGAAAAAAUGUUGGAUCAUCAACGGACGUAACGCCGUACGAAGAGAAAUCCAUAAAUGUAUUGUUUGCUAUAAAUUUAACCCUAGUAUUACAAGCCAAAAGAUGGGUAAUCUGCCACCGGCCAGGAUUCGGCCACAGAAGGCUUUUACGUCAGUUGGGAUUGACUACGCAGGACCGUUCAACAUUUCGCCAUCUAAAGGAAGAGGACGGACUUCGGUUAAAGGCUAUAUCGCUGUUUUUGUAUGUCUUGUAACAAAAGCUAUCCACCUAGAACCAGUGGGGGAUUUGACAUCGGACGCAUUUCUUGGAGCACUUCACCGAUUCAUCGGCCGACGUGGAAAAUGUGUUCAUAUUUAUAGCGACUGUGGCACAAAUUUCGUCGGGGCAAAUCGGAAGCUGCAGGCAGACAAGUUGGCAUACAAGUUGUACAUCGAAAAAACGAUUCUGGGUAAACUCACAGAUGACGGGAUUACGUGGCAUUUUAACCCUCCCUCCGCUCCACAUUUUGGAGGUCUAUGGGAGGCGGGUGUUAAGUCAAUGAAACACCACCUAAAAAGGACAGUUGGUGAUCGUACGCUUACAUACGAGGAAUUGGCCACUGUAUUAGCUCAAAUUGAAGCGUGCUUAAACUCUCGUCCGUUGUGCCCGCUAAGCAAUGACCCGGAAGAUUUGAUGGUCCUUACUCCAGGCCAUUUCUUAGUUGGGGAUGCUCUACUCGCUAUGCCAACAGAGCAGGCCGAUAAACUAAGUGCCACCGAGAGAUGGAGGAACUGUCAGCACUUGGUUCAGCAAUUUUGGAAGCGUUGGUCCUCGGAUUAUCUAUCACGCUUGCAGCGGAGAACGAAGUGGUUGGAAAAUAGGCGUAACUUGCAGGCUGGAGAUCUAGUACUCAUUAAAGAUGAACGUUUGCCGUCUAAUCUAUGGGCUCUUGGUCGAAUUACUGAAACUCAUUGCGGCCAAGACGGUUUGGUUCGAGUGGUUAAACUCCAGUCUCAGAGUGGUAUUAUUAAACGGCCAGUAGCAAAAUUGUGCCCAUUACCCAUACAAGAUAAUUGGUUAAAUCGUGAUCUUGACCCUCCACAACAAUUCUAAGUUGCAUUAUCUUUUUAGCGUCCAACCUCCAACCAACCGAAGACGUUGAAGAAGCAGUUAAUAAUAUUUUAAUAAUAUCAUUAGGGGGGAGAAUGUUUGGACUGUAUAUUGUCAACACGAGAACUUGCAGUGUAACUGACGUCACACUGUAAGCUCUCUAGUUACAGACAUUCUUCUUUGCCUUUUAUUCGUAGUCUUGUUCGAAAGAUCGAACCAUAUCACAGCUAAUUUGUUCAUAUGUACAUACAUAAUUUGGAGAGCUUCGGUGAAAAUGAAAUGUAAAACCGACAAGUUAAUCUGCGAGCGACAGUCAAUAUAGUCAGAAGCACCCUCUGUGCUCUUCUCUUUUAUGUUUAAUUAUAUAACCUAAUUAAAUCGAACGCACAUUUUUGAAACCUUU